CCCGCCGCAGACAGUCGGAGAAAUGCGCGCUUUAUAUCUCUUACCAAGAGGAAGGAACCGCUAGAUCCGCCCCUGCCCAGUGCAGAUCCGCCUGGGUCUUGUCUUUUAAAUAAAGGUGCUUUUGUUAUGAUGAUCACAGACCCGUGUAGUUUGAUUUCUGAGAGGUUAUUUUGUGGUCUUAUAUGAUGGCAGAGAGCUCUUGUGUGUCUGGGAGCCCUCAGCCCUUGAUGUCUCUGGCCCUCAGCGGAGAAUGGACUGCACUGGAACAGAAACUCAAGACACUGGAGAAAGAAGAUCCAGAGAUCUUCCAAAUUGACGAGGAGUCUGGAUUGAGCCUCCUGAUGGUCGCGGUGCGAGAGAGCCAUCAGUCUAUCAUUGAAAGGUUGCUGGAGCUGGGGGUCAAUCCAAGUGACAAAACAAAGGAUGGUAGAUCAGCAUUACACAUCGCUGCAGCUCACUCCAAAGAAGAGAUUGUCAAACUACUGGCCAGUAAAACUGAUCCCAAUUUACCAGCAGGGCCCAAUGAUCAGUUGCCCCUGCACUACGCAGUGUCUCGACCGGCCGGAGGUCUCAGAGUCACGCAAACGCUGCUCCAGUUCAGCAGCAAAGAUGCGCGUCUUACACCAGACAAGGACGGCUGCCUUCCACUGCUGCUGGCUGUUGAAGCGGGGAAUGUUUUGAUUGUUCGAGAACUCCUCUCCAACCAAUCAGAGCCACAGCUCAGAGCCGUGAAGGCGGCAAAUGGCGACACGGCACUUCACAUCUGUUGCAGACAGAAAGAUGUUGAGAUGGCCAAAGUCCUGGUGGAGUUCGGGGCGAAUCCGGACUCUCAGAAUAAUGAAUGGCAGACUCCUCUGCACAUCGCCGCUCUGGAAGGAGACGAGAACAUGCUGAAGUUUUUAUACCACUGCAAGUCCAGUCCCAACAUCUUAGACAAGAUGGACAGAACACCUCUGCUCAUCGCCGCAGAGCGGGGACACACCAGCGCAGUCGAGAUCCUCACUGAAGGUUCAAGUCAUCUGUGUUAG